UCUUUUUCUAGGCCCAUCGGCCUCGGGCCAGGAGGCAGGGGCGUUUUAGGCUCCGAAGUCUGAAGCCGGGUGGGCAGGCAAGGGAGACAGCAUUUAACCAAAAAAAGCCCUUGUGGAUAGUGCCUUAGUGCCUUUGGUCGUGAAGGAGGGAGGCCACUGGCGGGUUUAUGUGGCUUCUGCCCGAGACGGCCGUUUUUCCCGUUAUAAGCGGGGGAAGAUGAAAAUGGCCGCUGCGUCCCCGCGGUGUUGGGGGAGGGGAGCGAUAUCUUAUUUCGGCGUUGCUCUCCUGCGAAGGUCCGCCGCAGCCAUCUUGGGCUGGCGGGCUGGGCGCGCUGCCAGAGGCACAAAAUGGCGGAGAAGCCGCGCGGCAACGCGGGCCCGACCCGCCGCGGGCCGCGCUUCGUAAGGCAGCGUGGUGGGGUGCAAGGAGACAGACGACGUUCUUUUGGGUCUUUGGGCUGGUGUUUAGGUUAACGAAGGACCGUCUUUGCCUCCACGGAAAGGACGGAGUCUGGGAUGUCCUUGGGGCUUCUUAAGAUGGAAACUAAUCCGAGGCCGACUAAGUUCUGGGCCCGUUAGGUGGAGGGGAUUGCGUGAGGGCUUUGUGUUUGGCCUAAAUGAAGCGCUUUUCUCUGAUGCUGAAAGGGCUUCCCAGGCAAGAAUCUGUAUCAGUAUUCUAUUAGGACAGACCACAAAGUCGCUAAGAUGAUUUUGGGGACAUCGCAUUUCCACGGGAUUGUGAAGGAGAAAUUGGCGGGCAACCAUUUACGGCGCCGUUAUUUCCUUUGUUUUGAGGCGUUCUAAUACUUAGAACCACAGCGUGUAUUGGCUACAGUUUUCUUUCCCUUAAGUUUCCACCUCUUAAAGGUGUUCAGUGAGGGUUGGUUGAAUUGCGGGAACAAGACAGUUCUAGGGUUUAAACAGCAUACGUAGCUAGCUGGUCUGUGGGGCCUCUGGGUAUUAGAUUAGGAAAGCAUUGAAUGAUGCGAAGAUACGAGGCUUGCUAGAAUUAAGAGGAAUCUGUUAGAAGGGUAAUAGAAAAGCACCAUAGAAAUUGAUUUUUAAGGCUGUUAUGGGAAUAAUUUGUGUUUUUAAAAAAAAAAAAUUUGUUACCUAAGUUUCCCGUUGUUGGUAAAGCUACCUUAAGAUCUGAAUAUGACUUAUCAGGUAAAUAAGACUAUUAAAUGUCUUAGCAAAUUUUUGACUAAGCUUUUAGAUGAUUCGUUAUUUUAGGAAGAAACUUUCACUGAUGAAGCGUGAGUUUCCUGCGUAAUUUUGGAGCCCAAACUGCUUAAUUUGGUUUGAACUAAUCAAGCCUUGCGUUUACAUAUUCGGAUGAGCAUAGAGUUUUUAGUUUUUGAUGUUUUUCCCGAAGCUGAUUGACUCCAAUGUCACGAGUAUUUUAGAUUUUUUUUUUUAAGUUCUUGCUUUCUGGGUAAGAAAGUUGGGAUUGAGCUCAAAAGUUGUUAAAAAGUCGUGACUUCUGAUCGUUGGCAGUUGAAUCUGUUAAAACUAGUCAUUGGUGUUUGGACUGCAAAGUAAGCGAUUUUCAAGUCUUGUUAUUAAACAGAAAAAUUCAAUUAUUGGGUACCUUUGUACUCUUCAGAAAUUAGACUAAAUGACUGGCUUCUGACUAGAGGAGCUCUCGGUUAAAUACACGUGAAGAAUGCUUGAGAAUGGAAAAUUGCCCAAAGAGUUCAUUAGUAUAUUUUACGUGAAAACGGAAACAAUUGAAACUAGGUUCCAGUUUGAGACUCGGCUCGAGAAAUUUGAAAUUUUCUGAUUGGUAUCUUUUUACUAGUAAAAGUACACUGUUUUUCGCAAUCUUUGAAUUGUAGAGGGAGGUUAACUUAAUGUGUUAAAAAUUGAGAUUUUUUUUCUUACGUAAGAGUCUUCGCUUUCUGGCCGAGAUCUCUAAACUUUUACGUUGUGAAAUACUUCCAUAUUGUUGUGUUUGGUGUUUGCGUGUUUGUGUUCCAAUUGGAACCUUUAAGGGUUGGAAUACACCUGAAUGAAACACCUGUCUAGGCUUCCAAAGCAAGCUUGGGGAAACCAUAAAGCUCAAUGGAACAGUUUAAUCUUAGACAUGCCUGUGAUGUAAAUGAUGCUUCUCGGGAGCCAGAAAAAUGAGCGUUAUUUAACUCCAGGCUUCUGGACUGGGUCUUAAUGUAAAUCACUAAUCUCUUCAAAUCAGUGGAAUUCUCCCUUAUUUAUCUGUCUCUAAUCCAGACAACCCCACCCCUCUGUGCCCCACCUUUUCCAGUGACUGUAGGAGUUUGUUGUUGUGUCCUUCCCCUUUAAGGUUGGGUGUGUGGGAUAAAUUAUUCUGUUUGAUCACUCAAUAGAAUACAUUUAGAUGAAUAUAAUGACAUUUAAAGAACUGGUGCGUCCCUCAUCCCUCGUUGGUCUGUGGGAUUUAUUUUUUCCCCCAUCUCAAAGGUAAUUAACACUAAAAUCUGUCUGUAGGGGUCUAAUUAACAGACUUAACCUGAUCUGGCCAAACCACUUUCAAAAGUAAGAUCUUAUUUUUAUCUCCCGAUUCAAGCCUCUUCCCCCCAAAUUGCUUGCAUUUUGUAAAGGGGUUGACUAGCACCAUUUCUUUGCAAAAAGAGGCACUCCUGGCCUUUAAGUCACAAUUACAAGAACUUGAAUAAAAAGUUGAUGGCAAGUUUAGAAGUGCAGGGUAAUCUUUAGAGCCCAGUAAUGGUCUCAGCGUAUAUAUAGGGUGUGUGAGAUUUGUAUGUUGGUCUUGCACGCGGUGUAGUGUUCUGACCCUCUCAACAUUGUAAUGAGUUUCUACAAGUGAGUCUUUACUAAAGGAAUCCAGAAACUAAGGACACACUGAUGUAUGGACCAGAUGUUAAAGAAAAUGUUUUGACCCAGCAGAUACUCUGAUAGAAUACUGGUUAUUAUUUUUGUAGAACCGAUGUGUUUGCAAUAUAGGCACGUAAUCUUUUAUCAUUAGAGAUGAAUAGCAGCAUCUGGACACCAACCCAUCAAACUGCCUUUCAAAUUCUGCAGUUUUUCUCAUCUUCUGCUUAAUCUUGGGAUGUCUUUUUAUAUUCCUUGGUUUUAGUUCCUAAACUCUAAAUUCUAAUUUUCAAAACUGAAACAUCUCUGAAUCUACUUCUUUCUAAAGAAUUGUAGCCAUCUCACCAAAUUCCUUUAAAAAAGGAUUGAAUUGUCAAAUAGGAGGAAAUUGUUUUGUAUUGUGAGUCUGGUUAGGUUUAUCAGUCUCUUGAAACCAGGUUGAAAUUUUUUUUUCUUGGUUUUAAACAAGAAUGCUUUAAUAUUGUGGAUAUUGUCUGGAACUAGAACGUGACAUUUUCAAGCUGACAUUACAAGUGAUUUUAUAAGGUUAAUGUUGAAGAAGGAAAAUGCGGAAGUCGUCAUUUGACAAGUUUUAUAAAUGAGUAUUUGAAGCUCAGGAAUAAGUGAAGCUGAAAUUUGAAAAAAUAAAAGAAAGAAUGCAUGCUAAUUAUCAGACCAGAAGUCCCACUUGUAGAAUAUUGAGCAAUUUGUGUGAAGUGGGGAAGAUGAAAGAAGUCAGAAUUUGAAACGGAAGAAUGAAGAAAAGAAAUAAAAAUGAAGUUAAGAUAAGAAGUAAUCUGGAAUCAGAAAGCACUACGCUAAGAAUCCCGUUCUGCUUCCAGAAGUGGAAGUGCUCACGGAUCGGGGAAAUCUGCAAGGCAUACCCCUGCAAGGUCUCGCUCCAAGGAAGAUUCCAGGCGUUCCAGAUCAAAGUCCAGGUCCCGAUCUGAAUCUAGGUCUAGAUCCAGAAGAAGCUCCCGAAGGCAUUAUACCCGGUCACGGUCUCGCUCCCGCUCCCAUAGACGAUCACGUAGCAGGUCUUACAGUCGAGAUUAUCGUAGACGGCACAGCCACAGCCAUUCUCCCAUGUCUACUCGCAGGCGUCAUGUUGGGAAUCGGGCAAAUCCUGAUCCUAACUGUUGUCUUGGAGUAUUUGGGCUGAGCUUGUACACCACAGAAAGAGAUCUAAGAGAAGUGUUCUCUAAAUAUGGUCCCAUUGCCGAUGUGUCUAUUGUAUAUGACCAGCAGUCUAGGCGUUCAAGAGGAUUUGCCUUUGUAUAUUUUGAAAAUGUAGAUGAUGCCAAGGAAGCUAAAGAACGUGCCAAUGGAAUGGAGCUUGAUGGGCGUAGGAUCAGAGUUGAUUUCUCUAUAACAAAAAGACCACAUACACCAACACCAGGAAUUUACAUGGGGAGACCUACCUAUGGCAGCUCUCGCCGUCGGGAUUACUAUGACAGAGGAUAUGAUCGGGGCUAUGAUGAUCGGGACUACUAUAGCAGAUCAUACAGAGGAGGAGGUGGAGGAGGAGGAGGAUGGAGAGCUGCUCAAGACAGGGAUCAGAUUUAUAGAAGGCGGUCACCUUCUCCUUACUAUAGUCGUGGGGGAUACAGAUCACGUUCCAGAUCUCGAUCAUACUCACCUCGUCGCUAUUAAAGCAUGAAGACUUUCUGAAACCUGCCCUAGAACUGGGAUAUUGUUUGUGGACAAUAUUUUUUAUUGUCUCUUGUUUAAAAAGUGAACAGUGCCUAGUGAAGUUAGGUGACUUUUACACCUUUUAUGAUGACUACUUUUGGUGGAGUUGAAAUGCUGUUUUCAUUCUGCAUUUGUGUAGUUUGGUGCUUUGUUCAAAGUUAAGUGUUUUCAGAAAAGUAUGUUUUGCAUGUAUUUUUUUACAGUCUAAAUUUUGACUGCUGAGAAGUUUCUAUUGUACAAAACUUCAUUUAAAAGGUUUUUCUACUGAAUCCAGGGUAUUCUGAAGAUCGAAGCCUGUGUAAAAUGCUACCAAAUGGCAAAAAGCAACAAUAAACAGUCUGAUUUUUACUUUUCUUUCUAACAUAUCAGUGCUUAGCAGAACUAUUCAGAUUGUCAGUAGUAAAUUUAAAGACAAAUGCCCGUUUUCCUCCAGUCCAUGAAACAUACCAUACUUAUAUACCUGCAACUAAGUGUUUAAAAUUAUGCUCUGUAACUCUGUACUGCUAGUAUUAGAACUAAAAAUCUUAAAAUACAGCCAGUGCUUAAUGCUUAUAUCAAUGUGGAUUUGUCGGCUUUUAUGUAAUCUGUAAUAUGUAUAGCAGGAAAUACGAAGAGUUACACAGUGUAUGCCUUAAAAGGCUGUUUCUUAAAGCUGUUACAAGGGGAUAAUGGUAUUUCAACUAGUUAUCAGCAAGUGACAAUACAUUCCACCACAAAUACACUCUUGUUCUUCUAGCUUUUAGACUAUAUGAAAAAACCGGGUGCUUCAAAGUACAUGAUAAGGGAACACUACACCUGUGUCAUGGAUGAACUGAAGACUUUGCCUGUUCAUUUUUUAAAUAUUAUUUUCAGGUCCUUUGCUUACCAAAGGAGGCCCAAUUUCACUCAAAUGUUUUGAGAACUGUGUUUAAAUAAACGCAAA